AUGUCUUCGUCAGACUCUGCUGAUCACAUGAUGCGUUUUACUGAACGUAUUGCUUUUUAUGCUUUUAUAAACUUUAAAGAUAUUAUUUCUAAGUGGGAGGAACGUCUAUGCACAAAGAGUGGAAGAAAGUUUUUCAAACCUAAAGUCAGUGGAUCUAUUAUACCUGCUGUUGGAAUGUUUUUUAAGUCAUUUGAUGAGGCUUUUGCAUUUUAUCAGAGAUAUGCACUUGCUGCAGGUUUUUCUGCAAGAAAAAAUACUUCUUGGAAAAAUGUUGGUGGUUUAGUGACAAUAAGGUAUAUUGUCUGUUCAAGAGAAGGAUUUCAUGUUAGCAAAGAAAUAGAUUCUGGUUCAGUUGAGAAUAGUAAAAAGAUUGUUAGACGUAAUAGAGGUUCAAAAAGAGUUGGAUGCAAUGCUCAUGUGAAGCUAAUAUUAGAGAACAAUAUGUUUAAAAUCUACUACUUUGAAGAAGAACAUAAUCAUAUCUUUGUUGAAGAUGAAGAUAUUCAUUUCUUGCCGGCUGCUAGAAGUAUCGAUUAUGUGAAAGAAAGUUUUAUAUCUGGAUUGUCUGCAAUCAAUAUUGGACCUGUUAAAGCAUUCAUUAUUAUGAAAACAAUGUAUGGUGGUUUUGGUGAAGCGUCUUAUUAG